AUGGUGUCGCCUUCCGCUAAGCCCGGGAAAGAAGGCAAAACAAAAGGGAAGCCACGUGGGUUUCGACGCGACCGCGACUGCCUGACCUGUAAAGAGCGCGGCGUUAAAUGUGACCUCAACCGACCGUCCUGCGGACCAUGCAAUUCAGCUUCGAUCGUAUGUCAAGGUUAUGUCAACCGAGUCAAAUGGGUCGGAGGCAGUACGAGCUCGGCCAAGGCCAAUGAGCCAAACACUACUUCAUCAGUCGAGGAGACGAGUCCCGGACUGUAUGUCACGACAAGCAAUCUAAGUCAGACCUCCGAGCUUUCGCCAUCGCUGGAUGGGUCCAUCCCCGGAUUUCCAGUCGGCUUCACGUCUCCCGUCAGUCAAGCCAAGCAAGCGCUGACCUCACCAAGUACUUUCUCGGUGAAUGGUGAGGGCAACAAUGCAGGCUGGAGUACAGGCCUUGCCAACUAUCUGCAAUAUUUCACGUCGCAAUACACGCAAGCGCGCCUUGACCCGGACAAAGUCAAAUUCGAUGCUGAAUACACAGGCUUUGUUGAUGUCUGGGCUUUUGCAUGGAAACGAAUCAGCCUGCGUAUGACGGGAGCCAGCCAUAACGAUGGUCUCGACCAAGACCUGCUGUAUUCGAACGCGUUGCAAGGUCUGAAGCGAUCUGUCGAGAGCGGCGAUAUCCUCGCACUGUUCGGGAUCACAGUCUUCGCGUUUCUUGAUGUGCGAGAAGGCCCAUUCGGCCACUGGACUCGACAUCUACGAGGUGCUCGAGCGCUUCUAGAUGUCCACUGCAGCAACUUCGGUGAACUGUCUGUGCUCUACUCCUCCACACCUGGUCUGAAGCAAGCCAUCUCUCUGCUCAACUGGUACGACUGCAUGGGAGCUGUCAUUCACAAGGAUCGCGGCCUUGUCUUUGCAGACUUCCACCGCUUCGAGAUUGAUCCUGUACUAUUCGACCUUGUCGGGUGCCCCAGAGAUACGUUCUUCGUGUACGUCCGGCUGGCGGAAGGGCACAUGUCGGCACUGUCCCAUGAAACCUACCACAGUAGUAUGAGUCAACUGCUCAACCUGUCGCACAACACCACCGACGACAGACUCCUACUACAAGACGCCUGGCGCUAUGCGUCCAUACUCGUGGCGUUGGAGGAGCUCUAUCCCAAUGUCGCCUCCGAGGCAGCCCCGACCUCCACCGUCAUUGCCGAUAGGCUCUGCGAUAUAGUGGAACGCAUACUGCCAACAUCAGCGGCGUACAUUCAUCUGCCGGUUGCCGUCUAUUUUAUUGGUAUCCAUGCUUCGACGGAAAGACAUCAUGAGGUGUCUCAGCGGUUCUGGAGUUACUUUGACACCAAUCCCACACCGGCUUAUCCCAAUGCGCAAAACAUGAGUGCUGCUCGCCGGCAGAAAAGGCGGUCUCGGGUAGCAUGA